AUGCGCAUAUUCCUCGAGAGAGUCACGCUCACCUUGGUGAACAUGUUCUUACCGCCCCUCUCGGUGAUGCUCGUCGCAGGCGUCGGCAUGGACGCCCUGGUGAAUACCCUCUGGUUCCUGUGCGGCGUCAUCCCGGGCCACGUGCACGGCUUCUACGUGACUUGGACCUACUUCUCGCGCAAGAAGAAGGUCCGGAAGGGCCGCUACCCGGGGGGACCGAAGCCCUUCAUCUACAGCCGCCGCGUCAUCAACGGUGACGCCAGCGAAGAGCGCGUGCGCCAGCUGUGGAGGGCAGAGCAGAGGGCCAGCAGGGGGGAGGACGAUGACGCCUUGCGGAAGCGGGCGUCACGGAGGGCAUCGCGGAGGACGUCGAGGAGGUCCGAGGUCUGA